AUGGGCAAUAGGCCAUGCUGCAGGGAAGGAGAGGCCAAGGCUGUGGCUGCAGAGGAGGUGAGUGCAGACACAGCAGGGGACAUCUCCACGUAUCCAGACCUCUCGCCCUCCAAUUCAUCUGAGUAUCCACAAGUGGGGCAGUUAGGCAGUACCGAAAUGACUGAGUCUAUGGCCGCACGAAAACCACCUAGCAGAGUAAGUCGACUGAAAAAGUUGAAGCACUUGGAGAUUGAUAUGGAGAUCUUGCGAGGUGCGGAUCUUCGCAGAACCCUUUUUCAUUGUGGAAAGAUCUGGUUGAAGCCUCCAGGCCAUCUCAAUCUUCGGGAUCGCGCGGCUCUGUGGACGUAUUCUACACCAGUACAAGGUUUCGACACAUUUCUGUCACAUACAUGGUUGACGCCAGGGAGGCUAAAGGCAUUGUCCCUCACGCUACAGCGAGGCUGGCCGGUUCCAUUGAUUUUCUUUGUAGCCGCAACUGUCCUGGCUAUGGCCCUCUGCAUGUACGACAUUAUGCCAAUGCCGUGGACAAAUACAACAACGAUAACUGGCCAUCUCCAGGAAUACCCUUUUGGACCAUGGAUUCUGCUGUGCGGUUUUUUGGCGCUGCUGCUAGGGAUAGUUCUUGCGCCAUACUUCCCGACAUACUCUGAAACGGUGUUCGUGGACGUAUUCAGCAUCCACCAGACCGACGCGGAGCUGAUGGAGCGUGGAAUCUAUGGUCUGGCUGGAUGUCUCCGGAUGUCUAAGCAAAUGCAGGUGCUAUGGAGCCCGCCAUACCUGUCCCGCUUAUGGUGCAUUUUUGAAAUUGCUGCCUUUCGCAAAGCCAAUCCGGAAGGGAAGAUUCUAUGGACGCCUUUGUUUCUGGAGCGGGCCGUCCUCGUAGUGCUUGUCAUGAGCUUCGGCAUGGCAAGUCUCCACUGGUUCUUGAUAGCAACAAAAGCUAGCCUGGUGUCCACAUUUCUCUCCUACAUGUUUGCUUACUUUCCUUGUGGCAUUGGGGUGCACGCAUUGCGCCGUAGCUUCCUCGAGGGCGCGCAGCUGCUGAAUGGUUUGCAACAUUUUGAUCUGAAUUCCGCAGGAUGCAGUCUGGAGUUUGAUCGCCAGUUCAUCUACACAGCUAUUCUCGACUGGUACGACAGCGAGGAGGCCUUCACUCAGUAUGUCCGCGGACCGCUUCACGAGGAGCUUGCGGCUUCUGCGUCGUUUGGGGACUGCCCUCUCGGCUACUUCUUGAUCAUCUUGGCUGUGCCUGUGAGUUUGAGCUUGGAGUUUGCGGUAUCUCUGUUAAAGGGUGGAGCCCCAGGAGAGGCCAUUCUUCGCUACGUGAUUGGGACACUGCUGGGCUUUGAUCUGGCUUGGACAACAUUUGGACUGGUGAACCUCCGCAACCUGUGCUACCAUUUUGCAGCUCCCCGCUGCCGCGCAGGCUCUGCAGCCCUGGAUUUCGGGCAGUCGAUGCUAAUUGUCAUGUGCGUGUCAGCAUGCUAUACCCUCGGAAUGGAGGCCACCUAUUGGGCCACCGAGUCCAGUCUUUGGGCGUCCACUGGAUGGGCGUGCUUUGCUUUCCUGUGCGCCUUUCUUGCUCUAAAGGGCAAAGCCGCGGUUGCGGCCUUCGGCGUAUGCACGAAGCCAUCUUCCAAAUUGGCUUGUGCUCAGCCCCAGUCAGAUGUAAUGUUUAGCAUUUAA